CAGAAGAGCAAAAAAGAAGAGAAGCUGAGCAUAAUAGCAAAGAAAAGAGAACAGUACUAGAAAAGCAAUACAAAGAAGAAAUGAAACUAAAAGAAAAAUAUAAUCAAAUAGAAAAGACUAGACUAGAUCAUAAGCAAAAAGAGCUAUUAAUAGAAGUCAAAAGGAUCAAAGAAAAGAAGACUAACAAAGGAAAAACAGCAAUAGAAAUCCUGUUCCAAAAUAAUCAACCAAUAGAGUUCCCAAAGAUCACUAUAGAAGAAAUAGCUAGUAGUAUUACAAAUACAAUAAUACAAAUAUAUCAAGAAGCUGAAGUAACACUUAAAGCAGAAAUAGAAGUCUAUAUUCCACAA